CAAUACAAUUUUCUGCGCUUUGUUUUCUUAAGCCCUAGAGUGCACUCGAUCUUGCAGCAUGAUACAUUUGAAUCAAUUUUAAAAAAACGUUAAUAUUAAUAAAUAGCAUAUUAAAUAUAAUAUGAAGUGAUAUACUAAAUUUCUUUCUAUAAAAUGCAUUGAAUUUGUUCUUAAACUAAAUUUAUAAUCCUAAUAUUAUUAACAAUGGAGUUGUGUUUCUUUUUGCAUGAUUUCAAAUUGUAUUCGUUAUUCUCGGUAAAUUGAAAGGAAUUUCAGUUUGUUCCUAUUCGAUAAAUAUUUCAUAUUGCUUUCAAAUCAUAUGUAAGAUCAAAUAUAUAUAAUAGAAUUUUUGUCCGAUUUUCGUUCAAAAUUUCCAUUCAAAAUUAUUAGGUUUUAAGAUGCUUAACGUUGGCACCAACUCAGAGGUGAGCUCCACGUCGACCAUUGUCAAUGUGAAGGAGCCGAACAAAUUGCCAAUGGUUCCCUCCACCAAUCAUAGUAGGAGUCGUAGUCGUAGUCGAAGUCGAAGUCCAGGUGUAAUCUCUGACAGCAUGCAUCUGAGUCCAUCCGAGAUGCCGUCGAAUAGUCGUCGAGCCUUCCUCCAGCAUAUGGUGGACAGUCUGCCAAAGUCGGUAUACAAUCGGGUAUUGGCCCUGAAGCACAAUCAAUUGCAGCAAAUCAAGAUAUCGGAGCAGUUCUUCCGCGAGGUCUAUGAACUGGAGAAGCGAUUUUAUUUACAGAGUUGUACGCUCUUCGAUAGCCGUCGCGACAUUGUGGCCGGUGAUGUCGAACCGCCGGCAAUUGAGCGCUAUUGGCACGAAGAGCCCGACGAUCUUCUUGAGCAGAUUAAGAACUCGGAAGAAUUCAAGCAAAUGACGGUGCAGCUGCAUCACUUACCAGCGAAUGCGAUAGGUGUGCCACGCUUCUGGCUGACGGUCUUUCGCAAUGUGGCCCUCAUCUCGGAUUUGGUGCAGGAGCAUGAUGAGCCAUUGCUUGAGUGCCUGGUAGAUGUGCGCAUUAGUUACGAGCCGGAUAGCUAUACAGUUAUAUUUCAGUUUCGUCCAAACGGAUAUCUGCACACAUCAUCGCUGCUGUUGACCAAGAAAUAUAUACUGCGUCACGAGGCCGACAAGGAUUAUCCGUUUAUGUUCGAGGGUCCAGAGAUAGUCCGCUGCGAGGGCUGUCACAUACACUGGCGUGAUGGCUCCAAUUUGACACUGCAAACGGUGAGGCAGAAGCGUCUCCGGAAAGGUGCACGGAACAUACCAAAGGUGAUGCCACGUGAGUCCUUCUUUCGAUUCUUUUCGCCGCCGCAAGCGAUGGAUCUAUCGUUGGCCGACGAAAAGACCAAAAUGGUACUUGGCGCUGACUUCGAGGUUGGCUAUCUGCUCCGCACUCAAAUUGUUCCCAAGGCGAUACUCUUCUAUACUGGUGACAUUGUGGAUAACGUCAACGAUGAUCUCUGCUCGGUGGAAAAUACAUCUGCAUCGUUGUCCUCUUUGUCGCAUGGUGAUCAGGAUGUCCAGAAAGAUUGUCGGAAUCGUCCCAGCAUUAACAGUGUUAAUCCUUAAUACUAGUUUUACAAUAUUCAAUAAUCGUACGCAUUUUCAUUCCAUAAUCAUACUAUCGACUUAUAUAUACAUACACAUACAAAUUACACACCCUACAUGUACAAUUGAAUAGUUAAUUGAAAUCUACUUAAA